AUGAAGAAGAAAUAUCAAGGCUCUGCUGGAGUGAAGCAGGCACAACUUCAAGUCUUGAGAAGAGAUUUCAAGACUUUGCAGAUGAAGGAUGGAAAAUCUGUCACUAGUUAUUGUGCUAGAGACAUGGAGAUAAGUAACAAGACGUGGUUCCACGGCAAGAAGAUAGAGGAUGUAGCCAUUAUGGAAAAUAUAUUGUGCUCUUUAACACCAAAGUUUGAUUAUGUCAUUUGCUUUAUUGAGGAGUCAAAAGACAUAGAUUCGCUCUCUAUUAAUGAGUUGCAAAGCUUCUUAUUGGUCUAUGAGCAGAAGAUGAAUCGAAGUUCAAAUUUUGAGGAGCAAGCUUUGAAGGCUUUUACUAAUACUCAUUUCUCAAGCUCUACAUGA